CUUUAACGUAGGAAAUUAGUGAAAUGACCACGGAUACCGAAACGGGAUCAACACCCUCAACAAGUGAUGAAAUGCCUACUCCUUCAGCGUUACCUUGUGAGAAGCCAUUGGAAAUAAUUGACGUGAACAAUUUGAGCUUUGACUUAUCUAUCUUAACUGAAAGUAUGAUUCACGAAUUCGACCUCAGAACUUUAUUGACGACUUCUGCGCUAGGAAAGAGUGUAUUGAAGUUUUAUGAUACAUACCGAAUGUUGAAUGGCACCCAGCAAAAUCGCUUAGUCGAUAUAAUUGUUAAACACAUUUACAACUACAUUAUCAGAAGUCCACUGACACAUGGAGACUAUAAUAAAAUUGUUUCUAAAAUAAUUAACUUAUUCCCAAAUGAGAAUAUGGGAACGUAUUAUGUACCACCUAUAUUGAAAGCUGAUCACCCAGCCGGACGAUCACAACGCUCAAUGGGAAAACUACCAAACCGAGUGAGAAAUAUAAGAUUUUUGUCGGGAGAUACUAAAAAAAGAAAAACGGACCAACAUGUAGAAUCUGACGUUGAGGGCAAUAAUACUAAAAGGAUACGAUUGGAUGAUACAAAUAUUGACAACGAUAUAAAGGAAGAUUGGCUGUGGCUGCGAACAAAUUCGGAACCAUGGGCUGUCGUUGUUGAAAAAUGGCAAAAAACUUACCACUAUAGGAAAUCUAGUGGAAAAGGGACAGUCACGGAAUUUUAUGAAGACUGGCCAAUUCUCAAUGAUCUAAGGGCCAAUGCCCUGAUUAACCUGGACUUUGAAAAGCAGUAUCCCGAGCAUCAUCUAAAUUUCCAUUUACAUUGGAAGAAGUUCAUAGACGAGCUAAUAUUAAAACGUGGAAAUCAAUUGAGAGACCCUUACGCCAUCGAAUUAAAAGAAUCCUUAACCGAGGGCGACAACAUACCAACGGAAUUAAUAUUACUAAAUUACAUUGUUCCGCCCACCGGAAAAAUAAAAACCGGGAAAAAAAUUUGGAAAUUCUCAACAUUAGAGAGCAUCGAGGGCAUUUUUUUGCACGUCAAGGAUCCAGGUAGCAUUAACUUGGCAAUUCAAAAUAAAACUGAGGUGGCUUAUCAAAAGGGCCGAAGAGUUCAGCCAUACAUUGUAUUCGUUGGGCCCUCCUUAUCGGAAAUUUCGCACAACUACGUGGUAGUAGACAAUAUUAAAUACAAAUGUGAGUCUAGCGUACAGGCAGUGGACACACUGUUUAAACUUUUUCAUGUUUGUAACAUACACUACCCUCCCGAAAGUGAGCAUAUUUAUCUAAUCAUACAAAAAGCUAUAUAUAAAAUCAAUACUAAUUUUGAUAAACAGAUUCCAAGCAUAAUGGAAAUAGUUUCUUCUUAA